GUUCACCUACACAUAAAAAAAACUUUGAGAAAAAAGCUUCAGUACAAAAAAGUACUUACAUGACAUUUCUCUAUGCACAGAAUUUCAAAUAAUGAUAAUUGUGCUGCUCCUUGUGUUUGAUAUUCUCUGCUACCUAAAAAACGCGGGAAGGAAAUGUGGGGGUUGCUUGCUCUGGUGCGGUCCGCAAAAUAUUUGUUUUAAUUCAUCCUUUAUACCAUAUAAUAUUCGUUUUUCGGUCAACGAUUUCGAUUAUUAUAGAAAAUGUGAACAAGGGACCCUUUAAAGCAACACAUUCCCAGCUAACAGAAUUGCUCAAUUCGAAAAAUAUUUAAUAACCCUCCCUACUUCCCAAUCAUAUUUAAUAUAUUUAUUUCUUCAAGGCACAGGGUUCCUACACGUAUCUACACGUAAAGGGAUGGCACAUGAACAUUUUUAUGCUCGGUGUUUGCUCUCGCUGUAUAUAUUCAUUUCAUUUUCUACUCCUGCGGGAAUUUUUGAAGCUUUUCAAUUGAAAAAAAAAUGUAUACAAAAACCGCUUGCGCACGUGUAGGAACAAAAUACCGUUUGUUGCUUUCUUUUGAAUAUUUUAAAUUUAAUAAUUAUUCAUCUAGACACCUCGUUAAAUUAUUUAUUGAGCGGAAACUUUACGCUAAAAAGUCGGUCUCGUCUUUCAGUAAUUGUACGUUUGUAUCGACGAAUUUAACUGGUGCCCUAUUUAAAUUCGUUUCAUGCGAAAGAAGGGAACCACGAGAGAGACUAACUUAGUAUCUAUAUUUUUAUUAUAAAUUACCCUCUGAUCAAUUUCAGGUACCACCUUCCCGGUAUAUUUGUAGACAAACCGGUCCGAGUUUUUUCCUAUUUUAUGAUAACAUGAAACGUGUGGGUGUAGCAACUGAUAAAAUUUUUUUUUUUCUUUAAAGGAACGAAUAAUUUAUUCAUCACGUGUUUAUACGGCUAUUAUAUCUUAAAUACAGAGUUAUUUUCCCCACAUGUUUGCUUCUUCGAAGUAUACCUAUACGGCGUACUGUAAUGCUUUAGAUUCUUUCCGCUAUGUACGUCUCAAUAAAAAUGUAGCUUACUAUUGCUUAUUUUUUGUUACCCUGCGUUCUCUCGCUGCGAAAAAAAACAAACAGCGAGUAGCAUCGAGAGAUAAAGGCCUCCACGGACGCUCAGUUUUUUAGCACGGGCCAACUGUUCAGACCAAUUUGUGCAGUUUAACUGUACUAUUGCCUGGCCCACACAGACGCAGUUUUAUAGCACAGUUCUUUCUAUACAGCCAACUGGGUAAAUUCACACUCACUAGUUUUGGCACGGUUUUUCUAUACUUAGUAAAAGAAAAUGGCUUCUCGAGAUACGCCAUUAUAUUGCAUUGUGCUUGCCUGUGCAAUAAAGAAAAAGCAAAAAAAGCAACGGUUGGUUCAAAGAAGCAAAUAGACCAAAGAUUGAUUACUCAAAAGAAAUUAUUACUCCUAUGUCAAUUUGCCUGCUGAUUUGAAACUUGAGAAGCAGGAUUGCUUUAACUAUCUAAGAAUGGACGAGAUAACCUACUUGAUAUUAUUGAAACUCGUUCGUUCGGCAAUCAAUUUCAUGUCAUGAGCGGUUAACAGAUUUUUUUUUAACCGCGGCUUCCCUAUUUCCUCCCGUAUCAACUUCUUUGAGUUUUUCGACCAACACAUCAUAGGCUGCGGACUUUUUAUUUCUGUCACUGUAUUCUUUAUUUUUUUUCCAUAAAUAUGGUAAGCUUUUGUAUAUCUCAAUAAAUUCGCUUAAAAACUGUUUGUUAACAUUCGUCAUUUUGUUGCUUACUAUUUUUGGAUUUUAAAUAAACCUUAAAGCUGAACAACUUAACUGAACGAAUCCACACACGCUCAGGUUUCCAAGUUUGCGUAGGCUAAAUUCAAGCACAGUCUGAUUUUGCUCAUGCGAGGCCAACGGCCUGCUCAGUCGGCCGGACGUUCACACAAACUCACCGAUAUGCCUGUACAACUAGGUUUGCACAGGCGGCCUGGAUUAAAAAACUGAGCGUCUGUGGGGGCCUUAAGAAACAAUCCCUUCCGGGCGCGCUGGCGGAAACGUAUUCGUCAGGUAGUUGCUAUCGCAAAAAAUUAUUAACAGCGUCUGAGUGAGUGUGCUUUGUUUAUAUAGAUUAUGCACGAUCUCGGUGACAUAAUAAUCUCGCUCCGCGUAACGACGUCGUUCGGGCUCGCCUCCCGCUCGCGUAAGCGGCGUAUUUGCGAGUGCCGUGUGGGCACUAUAGUUUAUAUCUUAAAAACAAUUAAUAACUUUUGCGGGCGUGUAUCUUAAAAAAAUUAAUUAUGGGCGACCUGGGCGACCCAAUUGUCUCGCUGCGAAAAAAAUAUUAACAGGGAAUAGCGUCGAGAGAUGAAAAACCAUUCCUUCAGGGCGCGCUCAUGAAACGUAUUUUUUGCUGCACCUUUUUAUUUCAUCAGCAAAAAAAACAAAGCGCGAGUGGCAUCUAGAGAUAAGAAACCUCUCAGCGUCUCAUUAUUUAGGUAGAUUACGCGCGACCUCGGUGACCUAAUCAUCUCGCUCCGCGAUAUAAACGCAACGCCGUCAGCUGUGUACAAACACAAAAAACUACCCCCUACCCAUCUUUCGUCAAACAAAUUAAAGAGUUUGGAAUCUUUAAUACUUAGAGGUGACAUCUGGAGACCUAAACAUUAACUAUUAAUGCGCGACAUCUCUCGGCACUAGCCGAACUAAAUUAAAGGGUUGCUUGGGAAUCUGUAAUGCUAAGGGCGACAUCUAGCGGCCAAAAUCUGAACUAUUAAUGCGCGACAUCUCUCGGACACCACCCGAACUAAAUUAAAAGGUUACUUGGGCAUUUGUAAAUUUGCUAUCUAGAAAUCUCCCCGGGGGACGUGGAAUGGCCAAAAGGUCAAAUAAUCACUUAAAAGAGGACUAUCGGACUGUAAGAACAUCAGAAAUUGAAGAAGCAGUUCUAAAUUCUAUUGUUGAAAAUCCUGUGGUACUAUAAACAUUUUAAAAGAUCUGAAUAUCUCGCACAUCUUGGUUUGGAGAACUUAAACAUCAAGAACAAUUUUCAGUAAAUGUCUGGGCUGCAAUUGUUGGAAAUUACUUUAUUGGGCCCUUUUUCCAACCAGAAAGGAUAAAUGGCCAUAAUAAUCGCCGGUUCUUAUAAGACGAUUUACCAAUAUUGCUACCAUAUUUAAAUUUAAAUUUAAAUUUAAUUUAAAUGUUCGUAAAUGACGGCGUGCCUGCUCAAUGUAGAGUUGCACACGUUUAAUAACCGACCGAAUAACCGACAGAUUUAAAUAGUUUCGACUAUUUAUGAAGCGUGUAUCCUUCAAGGUGGUGGACCCUUUAAACAACUUAUCUAAUUUCUAUGUUCUACUUUUUUUCAAAAAGGUUUUGUUAAAAAUUCUUAAUAGUACGUAGUGUCUUUUUUUUUAAAUAAGAAUCGUUUAUUAUUUAUCUUGACGUUAGGAUGUCGUUAUUUCACUGAAACUGUAAAAGUAAACAGAACAGUCUUCAACUUUUUUUUUUUUUGAAAGGCACUAGACUAAACAUCUUACGUUAUAUUAUGACCAUGCAGAGAAGAGGUUUUUAUUUUUUAACGCGUAAACCGUACGUCGGAUUGAAAAAAAUCAAGAAACGAAACUUCUUUAGAAAUGAUUGAUUGGAGAAGUGGUAAAAAUAUUUCACAUCAAAAUAAAUAAAAUUUAGAUACUAUCCAGCUAGUCACUAAAUUCGUAACAUAUGCAAAUUAGGAAGGAUUCCAGAUGUGUAGGUCUGAAAUACAGAAAAACUAUCACUGAAAUUUAUCUGAACUUUACAACAUACCUGUGAUUGCAAAUUUACAUUUUAUUAUACUCUCGCAGUAAAAAACGACGCAAAGUAUUACCACUUGCAAAAAAUUUUAUAUGCGCUAAUUUAGUAAAUUUGCUGUAUCAGAAAAAAACAUCGGGACCCCGCUCGGCGGCGGAGCACACCCUACUCGCGUUGUUUAUCUACUUCUACUUUGAAACGAACUUUUUGAAUAUUUUGUUCAUGGAUUGGGAGUAUUUUGCUUUACUGUAAAUUUGACGUAAAAGAAAAAUAUUCGUUGAUUCUAGAUUUUUAAAAAGAUCGCUGGUGUAAUUCGAAUUUGACACCGAAGUUGGCACUACCACCCUUAUAACUUUUACUUUUUAAAUAUCCUACUUAUGCAAGCAUAAAUUUUUUGUGAAAAUAAUUUCCUGUGCUGCAUUUAAAAGAAAAUUAUUGGUAUACUCUAUUGCACGAUAAAUGGCGAGAAUUUGUCUUGACACCUUAGAAAUUUUAAAAUCAUUUGUGCUUUGGCAUUGGUGGUGUUUUACAUUCAUUAUAUGUUAUGUUUGUGGGUUGAAAAAAAUUUCAUCGACGGAAUUGAGGAGAAUAACGGACAAGCCAGGACGAGGAUAUGAAGGUAAAAUUUACACAGUGCCCGAGUAAAUGAUGGGACCAAACUUUUGCGUUUUGCAGCCUUAUAUACCGGGUGACACAAGAAAGUGGAAACACUCUAUAACUUUUAAAUUGCUAGAGAUAGCGAUUUGAAAUUUCGAAUGGUUAGUUUUGGUUAGUGAAUGUCUAAUUUUUUGACAAUAUGUAGUCAAUGGUUGCAAUUCCGGCUUGAGCAGAAACGAAACUUUCGAAUUUUAAAUUUCACACCCCAUAUUGAUUGCAUUGUUUUUCGCCAAUCAUCCUGUUGGCUUCUUCAGCUUGACUGAAAACUAGUUUCAGUCAAGCUCUCGCUAGCGUUCGACUCAACAAAAACCGACGCUGGAGGAAUCCAGAGGUUUUAUAAAAAGUAUUAGAGUAGCCUGUGGAAGUUUCUUUGAGAAUUUUUUCUUUAUUUGUCUAAUAGCAAAUAGCAUUUAAUGUAAUGAUCUAUAAAUCUCUUAGGAUAACUUAGUUUUAUCAAAUAGUGAGAAUAAACACUCUUUAAAACCGGUACUUUUUUUUGCAACAUUUUGACACCAAAAUUUUUAAAAUCCGUUAAAAAAUAAGCUCACAGGAAGAAAAAAUGAGAUACGUAAAUACAUUUUUAUAAAAACAAAAUAUUACUUAAGUAGUUUUGCUUCCAUCCAACAUCAAGUAUGAUUAAAAAUUCUGACAGUUUGUACAUUUCUAUCUGAUAAUCGAUUUUGUCGUGUUAAUCAAUAAUCAAUUUACAAAUGGAGAAAUAGUUGAUAUGUUUCUGAUAUACGGGGAAUGCAGAGAAAACUCUCGACAGGCCCGUGCAUUGUAUGCAGCCCGCUAUCCAGGCCGUCACACGGUGGGUCAGGGAACGCCCCCUAAAUUAUUUCGUACAAUGAUUUCCUUAUCACACACUAAUUACACUCAAACAGGCGAUUUAAGUCGUCUUGUUAUCACGGAAACGUCAACAAUAUUUUUUUAACGUUUUUUGUCAGUGUCAUUUUCAGAAUGUUUUAUUCAUACAAAUUUGUGUGAAAAGUAGAGGGGAUUUUUUAAAAAGAAAUUAGCUUUUGACAAAAUUCAAAAUGCAGGAAGCCAGUAAAGGUAAGUUUUGAGACUAAUUUUAUGCUGAGUAAACUACUCUAAGGCAAUUAUCCUUAAAAAAUUCUACAUUGCUUUGAGUCAUAUUAAAAAAAAUAGGCCAAAAAAGUAUAUUUUUCGUUAUAAGCUUUGACCUAUGUAGCCAAACUUAUUGGAAGAAAUUUCACUUCGCGAGAAAUCGAUCAAGGUUUUAAACCAAAAUAUUUUUUAUCCGCCAUCUUAAAAUCAAAGAUGGCAGUUAAAUUCAAAGUCGAUUUUUUAGACAGAUCCGUUUAUUUUUAUAUUUUGAGAAACUUUUUAUCCUUUUUUUAAUUACUAGGAAAGCUCUAUUUCCGCCACACACAACGUGCUAGCAGUUGCUAAAAUCAGAUCAGCCCGUUUCAAAAAUAUUACUUGUUAACAUGGCAGCCUAGCUCAGCUCCAAAUCAACGCUUUUACUUUAUUUCAUCUAUCUGUUCGUUUCUUUACAACAAUUGAACUAAAAUGUGGUUCGUUCUUUUUUAGAAUUUAAAAAUCACUCGAAAUCAAAACCAAAAAAUUAAUCUUUGCAAAUAAUUAUUUUUUCCAAUUUCGAAGAAAAUGACAGGCGGCAAACAGGAAUAAAAAUGGAUUUUUGACGAGGUAUGCAGAAUAACUGGAAACAAAUGUAACAAUACCGAGCAAUAAACCAAAAACUUCCACCGUGGGCUGACAAAAAAUAAAUUUUGACAUUUUAAGCUAUGGAGGGAAAUAUGAAUGAACGAAACAAGUCCGAGAAUGUGAAACCAACGAACUUGUAUUUGCUGCAGAAAUAAGUUUAAGAGCUUCGGGUAAACCAGCAGCGGCAAAUUUAUAGGCUCAAAUAGCAAACUCAUUCAACGAGUCAGUCCAACAUUUAAAAUUAUCAAAUAAUAACAAUAGGACAAGACAACCCAAGCGACAAAUCAACUGUUUCGAAACAAUGCCAAGGAAAACAAGUUAAAUUUAUAUAAUAAUGAUAUUCGAAACGCUAAACAAUCCUGUACCCCUCAGAAAUCACUGCUACAGUUGUUGAGCUUUCCUCCGAUAAUUUUGAUGUAAAUAAUAAUUAUAAUUAUACUCAAAAAAUUAAAAAAACGAAAAAACGCUUAUAUGGCAAAUUCCGCGCCCUUCUUCAACUGUUUAUUGCAAAUCUAUCAAAAUGCAAUUAAAAAAAACAACAACUGAAAUAUAAAUAAUACAAAAUCUUCAUACAACUCUUUACUUUUGUCCUGUUCCUUUAGAAUUAUACUCAAAAAAUUUAAAAAACGAAAAAACGCUUAUAUGGCAAAAUGCGCGCCCUUCUUCAACUGUUUAUUGCAGAUCUAUCAAAAUGCAAUUAAAAAAAAAACAACUGAAAUAUAAAUAAUACAAAAUCUUCAUACAACUGGAGUUGUAGUAAGUGAGCAUUUGACUGUUUUCAUAAAACAUGAGUUAAUAAUGUAAAUGACUGAUGGCAAAAUGGUUAGUGCCUUGACAAAUACAUCGUCACAGAAGUGUUACAUAUGUGAGGCUCUCAAUUCGCAAAUGAAUAGCACAGAUGAGGUAGUAAAAAUAUCAUAAAGGAUGGCCAUUUAAAUUUUUGAAUGUCUACCUUACAUGCGUGGAUUCGCUGCCUGGAAUGCCUGCUUAAGAUAAGCUACCGCUUAAAUUUACAAAAAUGGCGAAUUACUGAAGAGGAUAAAAUUGUAAUUCAAAACGAAAAGCAAAGGAUUCAAAGAGACUUUUGAAAUCGCUUAGGCAUGAUAGCAGAUCAUGUAAAACAAGGUGUUGGUAUAAGUAAUGAUGGAAAUACAGCACGCAAUUUUUUUAAAAAAUUAUAAUAUCUAUUGAAAUAACCGGUUUGGACCAAAAUUUAAUAUGUCGAUUUUUUGUAAUUUUACAAAUGAUUGCCAGCGGACUUAACACUGAUAUCAAUAAUUUUAAAUCAUAUUCUUUGGAAACAGCCAAACAAUUUGUAUUUCUUUAUCCCUGGUACAAAAUGCCCGUUACUAUACAUAAAAUUCUUAUUCAUGGGGGAGAACUUAUUGAAUAAUAUCCUGAGUACAGAUGAUGCAGGGAACAUCAUGCAAGAAAAAUGGGCAGCGUCGACACUAACACUGAUGUGUUCCAAAAUUUAUUAAUCUCUUCGGACCCGCGUAUAACAAGUUUAAGAAAACUUACCUAAAAAGAAAAAUCUAGUUUAGCCACAGUGCUGAUAAUAGUAGUAGUGAUUCUGAGUAGGCAUAUUUUAUUUAAAAAAAUAGCUCAUCUUUAUAACAGUAUGAUUUUUUCAGAGUUAGUAUUAAGUGUUUCCUAUUUAUUAUAGUUAAAUAAUUAAUAUAUAAAUUUCUUUUCUUUUUUUUGUUGAGCGAUAAUUUGAUUCAUGCAAGACAUGGUUAUUAUUUUUGGCAUUUCAGUAGUGAAAGGUAUUGUCAUAACUUUUGUUUACUAUGGUUUGUCAUCUCUUUUGACACUAAGACUAACUAUAAAUCAAAACCUUAUUGCAAAGCAAUGGUUUAACUUUUGUAAAGUUAUGACUAAUGCAAAAAUUGUAACAAAAACAGAGCAAAGUCCUUAACUGAAUGAUAUUUUAGAUGUAUUUUAAUGAUAUUUUAGAUGUAGAAACACCCUGUUAUUGUUUUAUUUCGUUUCUUUCAAGCAAAAAAACUUAAAUAUUAAAAAAAACGAAAACAAUAUUUUGUUUUAUCUAUAUUAAAUAAAUAACGUUUUUUUUUGUUACACUGUUAAAUUUGGGAAACCCUGUAUUUUUUUAUUUACUUAAAUAUUGAAUCUUUUUGUGAUCACCUUGUAUAAAAAUUAUAUAGUAAUUAAAGUUUGAUAUUCGUAAUAUUUUCUUCUUUUUAUUGUUGUGUUGUUAAUAUUAAGUAAAAUUUAUUAUAUUAGCCACCACCUAGGGUUUCCCUUGCCCACUGUGCGACGCUUUCCUGCACAUUCUUUCUUCAGAAAGCUGGAAUUGAAAAUGAGAAAUCCACAAAAUAAUCGACAUGAUAUUUUAUUAUAAGUGAAGAAAUGGAAAUUAAUGUUGUGGGAUACGUCAACGUAAAUCCAGCUGCGUCGCUAAGAGAAGUGGCAUUAGAAUUAGAGAUCUCAAGAGAAUCAGUAAGGAGAAUUUAAAAAAAAUUCAUUAUUUAAAGUAUAACCUUCAUCAACAUCUUUAUGAAGCUGCCUUUGUAAGAAGACUUCGAUAUUGUAAUUGGCUGUUAGAUAAACAUGAUGAGAAUAAUAUUUUCAUUAACUUAAUUUUGUUCACUGAUGAGUCAUGACCUCAGAACAACAGAUACAGGUCUCUAAAUAAUCAAAAGAAUUAUUCGUCCCGGACAGUUUCAACAAGGGUUCGGAAUCAAUGUUUGAACAAACGUGAUAGGAAGGCGAAUUGUUGCAUUUUUUUUUUUUUUCACGGAGCCGUAACUAGUGCACGAUAGUUAGAAUUCCUAAAAAUUUUAGAGAUGUCACUGAACACCUACGUGAUGUUUAUGGGGAUAGACUAAUCUCAAGACACGGUCCAGUCAAUUGACCCCCACGGUCACCGGACUUGACACCGUUAAUUUUUUUUGUUUGGUGGUACGUGAAAGAUCGUGUUUAUGUAACUCCAGUGUUAGACCUACAAGAACUACAGCAGAGAAUAUCUGCAUUUGAUAGUAUAACUCCCGAAAUGUUAGGAAGGGCUACAGCGAAUGUAAGUUCUAGAGUCAGGGAGUGUCAUAUACAGGAAGGAGUACAUUUUGAAAACAUUCAAGUUUCAUCUAAAAAUAAAUUGGUUAUUAAGUAAAUAUCAAUCGCACUUAUUUAAUUUAAAUAAAUAACAAAACUCCAUUUCCAAAAUAAAUGAAUGUGAUGUUUUGUUUGUUUCAAUGUAAAACUUGUCUUACAGUAACACACGUUGAUAUACCACUUUCAAAUCGAUUGUACCGACAUUGUUGAUGUUUCAUUUUCUAACAGAUUUUCAAAAUAUUGUGUUAAAUUAUUCCAGAAAGUGACAGAUUUGAAAAGAAAAAAAAUAUUUCUAUUCUCUUGUUCUUCUGAGUUUCAGGUAAAAAGUGCUUGUAGCUUAUGAUUUACGUAUAUACAUACAAUACUUACGUUAGUUUUUCACUGUAUUCCUAUAUUCCAAAAAAAUAUCAACUUUUUACCAUAAUAAAACACUUUCAACAAAAAAUUCUAAUCGUGAAAGAGAAAAACUGUCCUAACAUUUAUAUCAUUGUGCCAUUUAAAAUUCGAAAGUUACUGUCGUUUCCGUUCAAACCGGGAGUGCAACCAUUAACUACAUAUUGCCAAAAAAUUGGAUAUUCAGACUAUAUUAACCCUUCCAAAUUUCAAGUCGCUAUCUAAAGCCAUUUAAAGUUAUAGAGUGUUCUCACUUUAUGUGUCACCCGGUGUAACACGGUGAAAUGUGGCAUGCACGUAUAUAAUUAAAAUAUCUAUUUUUUGACAUAAAAACAAUAUGUCAAAAGGGCCAAAUAACAACGGAGCACCAUUUUAUCUUAUUUUUUAUUUUAAGAGGGGUCAUAUGAUAGCUGGUAUUAAAGGUCUUUUCAUGUUUUACUCGCAUACCAAUUUUGAAAACAUUCGAUUCGUCAGUUUUGCAAGACAGUCAUGAAUGCUUUGAUAUGCUUAAUUAUUAUUCAUUUAUUACUUAACAGUAGCUGAAAUUAAAAAAAAUAAAUAGUUUAAUCAUUUUAUCAACUAUUUACCACCUUGUGGUUUUUGACAAUAAUAAAAUCUGUCACUAAACUCGAUCUUAACAUUAUACAAAGUUUCUGGAGGAACUACACUGCAAAUAUUUCGAACUCGGUCUUUUAGAUCUUCAACUGAAUUUGGUUUUGUAACAUAAAUUUUUAAAAAGUCCAUGGGUUUAAGUCUGGUGACCGAGUGACCGUCCUGCUGAAAAACUAUGUCUCUUUGAAAACCAGUUCGGUUGUUUGCUACAACUGUUUGAAUAUGUGGAUUAAUUCCAUUUUGUACCAUAUCACGGCAACGUUCAGCAGUAAGAUUAUAAUCGAAAAAUAUUGACCAAAAAUAUGAUUAGCAAGUAAACAUUUAUUUUUUGCGGAUAUUGUGUGAUAAUCUCGGAAAUCAUGUGGACUUUCAUCCAAAUAAAAUUGUGAUUCAUCACUACAACAUACGUAGUGGACAUGCUUUGUAACCUGAAUAAUUGUCCGGAUUUUCUUCUGACAGCUGAUGUACUAAACUUAAUUUGUAGGGGUGAAACUUUUGUUUUCUAAGGUACUUAGGUACAGUUUUUGCAGAGACGGCACAUUUCUCAGCGAUAUUGUGCCACUAGUAAAAAAUUUGUUUAGCACUUUUUGAAAUAUUGCCGUGUGAUGAGAUUUUCAUUUUUCAUUAAAAAUUCUAACUGCUUCAUGUAAAUUGCGAUAGAAUUCACCAAAAUCAGAAUAGCUUCAGUUUUUUGCUAGAAUACUUAACUUACUAACAAAACGACGAACUUAAAACUACCGAUAGAACAUGGCGAAAACGUUAGCUAGUUCGGCUCAAAAAAACCGACGCAGGAGGAAUCCAGAAGUUUUAUAAAAGGUGUUACACUAGCCUGUGGAAGUUUCUUUGAAAAUUUAAGUUUAAAUUGACUUGACGCACUGAUAAAACGAUUAAAUAUUUUGACAUUGACAAGUGAAAAUAAUCUAACAUAACCUGGCACUCUCUAAUGCUAUAUUCACCUUACAAUAAUAAUUAUUAUUAUUUGUAUUAAAUGAAAUUGUAAUUAAAAAUUUCGUCAUGCAAGAAUUGACAAAUCAAAUGUUUUCAAAAUUGGUAUGCGAACAGAACGUGGGAAAACAAUCCUACUAUUUUGAGACAUUGUUUACAUGUCAAAAAUUAAACAUUUUAAUUAUACAAGGUGUUUCAUAAUUGAAGGUCAAUAAUUAAGGGAGAUAUUUUUGGGUCCACUUUAAAUAGAAACAUUUGUCCUAAAUGUCUUAAGUUUUGAGAUACGGGGUGGUAAAAUUUUCAAAAAUUAAAUAUAUAUUUUUUUUAAUAUCUGUAAUACCACUACAGAUAUUUUAAUACAAUUUGGCACACAUUAUUUAGUACACCACAUUUAUUUUAUUGCACCAGGGAAUUUCACAUGUCCAUUUUGGUAAAAUAGAUGUUACACCACUGAUUUCUCAUAAAAUAAAAAUUAUUCUUACAAUCUCCAAUUAUUUCGAAAGAAAUUUAAUUGAUUUUUUUCGGUCGGUGUACGGUUUUCGCUUUAAAAAAUAAAAAGGGCACUUUUAUAAUAAUAAUAGUCUUUGUUUCUUGACACUUCAAAGAAAAUAUGACAAUUAAAAAAAUGAAGAAAGGGGGGUACAAACAGCUACAACCCCAACUAAUCUAGUUUGUAUGUUCUACUUUUAUCAAAAAGCUUGUUUUAUUUUAUUUAUUAUUUUAUUAACAGACAUUUUUGUUAAAAAUUACAAUUUUUUUUUAAGAGUUUAUUAUUUAUCUUGCUAGGAUGUUAUUUCAUUAAAACUGUAAAGUCAAAAGAACAGUUUUCUAAGAUAUUUUUUGUCUAAAGGACACGUUGGUACACAAAAAACAAGUUCUCGAUUUAACAAGUGCAGUGGCCACCUAAUUAACCAAAAUAUUAUUUGUUCAUAGACAGUCAGUGGCACGCAACUGAUUAUCUUUUUUAAAAAAAUGACAUUUGCAUUCAUUUAUGAGCAGAUUUGAUCUCUUACUUUUUUUUUAGUCCGUCGCACGGUUUUCACUUAAAAAUAAAAACUAAUUUCUCUGCAUGCUGUCAGAUUAACGAUAUUGUUAUGAAUAUGCAGAAAAGAGGUUUUUAUCUUUUUAAGAGAAUGAUUGGCGAUUGUAAGAACAAAUCAGUGGUCUAACAUCAAUGUCUGCCAAAAUAGACAGGUGAAAUUCCGUACGCCCGCCACUAGUGUGUUUUAAAAAAAAAUGUGGUACACUAAAUAAUGCCUUUUGACAGAUAGUAGAUGUGUGCCAAAUUUCAUUAAAAUAUCUAAAGAGGUGUUACAGAUAUUAAAAAAAUGUUUUUUAUUUUUGAAAACUUUACCACCCUGAAUCUUAAAAAUAAAGACGUGUCAGACAUAAGUUCAUAUGAAGUUUUUUUUUUUAAUGAACCCAAAUAUCGCCAACUUAAUUAUUAGCAUUCAAUAAGAAAACUCCCUGUAUACGUGCAUGCCAAACUUCAUCGUGCUAUAUACAAGGGUACAAAAAAUAAAAGGGGGUACCACCAUUAACGUGGGCAUGUAUAAAAACUUUUCGUUUUUAUGUAACUUCUACCUAUUUAAAUUUUAAAAAUGAUAUCAGUCAUAGUUUACUUUAACAUUUCUGGAACUUAGAACUGGAACAUAGUAAAUAAAAAAAUCCGCCAAUUCUGGCAGUCGUGAAACAUUGCGCCAACUUCCGCACAAAGUCGGAUUUAGAUUUAAAAAUAUUGACAAUUGUGGCAUUAAAGAGAGCCAACGAUUUCUGGAAUGGAAACAAAAUUAUUUAACUCAAAUUCAUAAAGUUCGCGUAGAAAAACGAAGUAUAUAUUAUUUAGACGAGACUUCAUUCGACGCCUAUAAUAAGUGUUAGAGCUCGUUAUUUGACCGUGGUCAAUUGACCUCUUAAUUGACUAAUCAAAUUCGGUGAAAACGUUUUAAAUAAUAUCUUGCAAUUGUAGUCUUAUCUAUCAUUAUUUAAUAAUAUAUGUAAUUUAAUAUACAAAUUACUGUGCGUUUGUGAUGUCCAAUUUACCUAUAACCCUCUUCAAUGAAUACCCAAAUUCGAUAUUUAGCGAUUCAGGGAAUCCCAAUAAUACCGACUCCAUUUAGUUCUCAGAACGACGCGACGACGACGUGACGCACAAUAACAACCCGAUUUUCGGCAUUUUAUUCUUGUCAGCGGCAGUAGUGUGUUGAGGAAUUAAAUGCAACGCCGUCAAAAAUGAAUUUAGGUAAAAGUAAAAGUAGAAUUUGGAAUUGCUUUACAGAGAUAAGAGACGGAAGCAAAGUUAAAGGGAUUUGCAAGUACUGCGGAGCAAUUUAUGUUACCCAUGCCGAUAGGAUGACAAAGCAUAUAAUUAAACAGUGUAAAUUAGUUCCAGAAGUUGUGCGGAAAGAAUAUUAUGAAAGGACAAAGACCAAUUUGAUCGAAUACAAAUUAACCGAAGGAACGUUAAGUGUAAAAAACAAAAGGCUUCAUUCAGAAAUUGAUCACAAUCCCUCGGAAAACGCGAGUAUUUGUCCUAGUUCUUCCCAGACUAGCUCUCAACAUUUCAAAAUACAAAAACUAACAUCUUUUGAUAAUAUAAGUGAACCUGAACAAUCUGCGCUACAAACUCUCUUCUGUGAAGCUGUUUACUCAUCGAAUUGCGCUCUGUCAAUGUUCGAGUCAGAUAAAUGGAAACAAUUUUUUGGAAAACUGCGCCCAGCUUUUAAAAUUCCCGAUAGAAAAACUAUCGCUAGUUCUCAGCUUGAUAAAUGCUACAACAAAAUAAAGAGUAAUAUCCAAGAAAUUCUUGAUAAUGAGAAUAACAUAACUUUAAUGAGCGAUGGUUGGACUAAUGUCAGAAACGAAGGCAUAAUUAACUACAUGCUGCAUACGAAGCAAGGAGAUUUCUUCUAUGACUUUUCACAACCUCAAGGUUUCCGGCACACGGGACAAUACAUUGCCGGUGAAAUUACAAGAAUUAUUAAAAAAAUUGGUGGAAGUAAGAUUACCUCUCUGGUAACCGACGAUGCAGCAAAUAUGCAAGCGGCUUGGGUUGAAUUAAAAGCAACAUACCCAAAUCUACAAACAUACGGCUGCGUUUCUCAUACUUUGAAUUCAUUGCUGAAAGAUCUUGAAUCACUUACAACACUUUCUGAUCAUAUCAGUGUUUCUAAGGAAAUCGUUAAUUUUUUUACAUUCAAACAUAUUCCCAAUGCCGUAUUGAAUGAAAAGCAGGGACAGCAGGGCAAUAAUUCUAAAUCUCUUAAAUUACCAGUGACGACUAGAUGGGGUAGUGUCAAAUGUAUGGAAAGUGUUCAAGCCAAUAAACAGCUACUUAUGGAAUGUUUAAUUAACCCUGAGGUAGAAUCCCUGACAACAAAUAAAAUAAAGUCCACCAUACUCAAUGAUGUAUUUUGGAAUCGAAAUAUUAGGUUUAUUGACUUAUUGAAUCCUGUUGUUCGUUUGCUUGCCUUUAUGGAAAAUAGUUAUGCCACUUUAUCGGAUGUCCGUCACAAACUGUACUUGAUAAAAGAGCACAUUAAUACAUUUGUUUCAGUGAGUCCUUUACUUAGUGAAGAAAAAAUACCAACUGCAUCGGUAAUCAGAAGAAUUGACAUGGCGUGUACAGACACGCACAAUGCAGCAUAUUUACUCGAUCCUAGAUAUAAAGGAGAGAAUUUAGCUCCAGAAGAACUGCAACGCGCCACUACGUUAAUCGUACAACUUAGUGGCAAUAAAUCCGAAAUUGAAAUACUUGGGGAGAUAUCAAAUUUUAGAUCAUCAUCAAAUUUAUUCAAUAAUCGAAUAAUAUGGACAGCCGUAAAAAGUAUCAAAUCAGUAUGUAACACAUCAUCAGAUAUUACACCAUCAGCUUGGUGGGAGAGUUGGCAGAAUAAAUCGGUACUUUACAUGGCUGCAUCAAAAUUACUAAAAAUGCCGGCCUCCCUAGCUUAUUGUGAAAGGAACUGGUCAACUUGGGGAAUUGUUAAUAAUACUUCACUAAACAGAUUGACACGAUCUAGAAAACUUGUUUAUGUUAAACAUAAUUUAAAUAUAAUAAACAAAAAUGGAAGGUCAUCUUCUGAAGCUGACAUGUCUUCGGACAUUGACAUCAAUGACAUGGACUCUGAAGAUGAGAUCUUACCACUGUCUAUUUCUCUUAAUAAUUAAACAUGUUUAAUAUUUUUCGUUUGUGCUGUGUCUAUUUUAAGUUACAAUAGAAAUAUAAAGUAUAUUUUGGUUAAUUUUCUAAUUUUUAUUAGUUUUUUUUUUGUUAAGAUGAUAAUGUUUUUUAUUUAUAUAUUAUUUCAAUGAUUAUAUGAAAUAAAGUACUAAUUUGUUUUAAUUCAAUUCUUUGCACUUUUAAAAUUACUUUGGUCAAUUGACAAAAAAAUUGACCGGCCAAUUCCACAACGCAACCCAUAACACUAUAAAGAAUGGGUGGCAAAAAUCUUUAUCGAACUGAGUUUUGAACGUAUCCACUUCUAGAGGAAAAAAUAUUAAAGACAUGACAAGUGAACUUGUUGAAAAUUGGGUAAAAAAUUGUUUUCAUUCAUAUAUCCAACCAGGCAGCAUAAUAAUUUAUGAUAAUGCUAAUUGUCAUCACAUCUAAGCUACAAAAGUACCAACGAUCGGCAGCGAAGAGGUAUUGCAAGAGCUUCUUAGUUAGCAAGAUUUUUUUUUUAACAUACUUAUACAAAAAGAAACUAGUUGAAGUUUAAAGCACCAAAUCGUAUGACUGCUAUUUGAAUCCUAGAAUGCAAUAUAAUACAAAUAUAAACGCUAAUUUAUUAAUAAGUUAAGCUCAAUAUUAAAAACGACCUAAUGAAUCAACAGUUGAAGCCCUAUUUUUAACUUAUAGCUUUAAUUGAAUCAUUGAAACGCUGUGCAGUGUAUUUCCAUAUUUUCUCACCUAGCCCUAUUUGCAUUUUUUUUGUUUACAUAUAUACAACAAAAUAUCGAAUUUUUUAUCAAGUGAAAACAUUAUUCUUUUAUUGAAUUUUGAACAAUAAUCUUCAAGAUAUACCACAACUGUUAUGGUUAAACAAAAGACGUGGCGUUGGUAUGACGCCACGAUGAUGCAUAGCCAACUAUGUGAGGAUUUGAUUUCUGACCAAUCCUGAGCUUAAUGCAAAAAAAUUAACUAUAACAUAUUUUUGAAAUCGGCGUAAAAGGUCCUUUCUUUUUAUGACACGACGUACAAGCCAUCCUUUUUUCUUAAAUAACUCGAAUUUACUACACUUUUUGGUACACCAUGUAUAUAAGUAGGUAUGUUAUAUUAGAUCUUCCCAUCAAGUCCUAUAAUUUUUGCAUUAAACUUCUUAACCUUUAAUAACCUCCAUACUAUCACCAACUUGCACUUUCCAACUAGUACGCUUGCUAAAUAUAUACAAAUUAAAUUUUAAAAAUAGGUAUAUUUAUACUGAACCUUUAAGUUCAGUAGUUUUCAACAUUACGCCUUAAAGGAUCUGUAGAUAGAUGUAAAUUCAGAUUUGGGUAGAUCUUAACUUCCUUCUAUUUCAAAAAUCAAGCAGCCUAGAAGUGUCAUUGCCGGUUAUAAAAAUUAUUAUUAACUAACUGCUUGCUGAAGACAAGGAAUAAUUUCUUUGGUAGCUGACAGUAAGACUUCUAAACUGCUUCAUUUUAAAAAUAUAAAUCCCUUAAGAUCCCAUUUAAAACUUUUCGGCGUCACCACUUGUAAUAUAAAAAAGAUAGACAAUCAAUUUUCAUCUAUAGAAAAACAAUUUCUGCCUUAUUAUGACAAAAAAAUGGUGUAGUUGUGAAAGGAGAAGCGUGAAUGACAUGACAUUAGUCAUAAAAACAAGAAAGAAAAUAUACUUUAACAUGUGCUCUUUGCUUCUAUUGAUAUUUGCCUUGUUAGUUUGAUAUUGACCCAUAUAAAAUGGUAAUGACUAUAUCAAAUGACACAAAAGUCGAAAUACAAAUAAUAGUCCCAAAGUCCUACAUUCUAUUUGUCUUAAAAAUUAAAUUAAAGUUAGCGAAGAUCAAAAGCUGAUAAUUUCUUGCUGGAGAUAAGUUAGAAGAGACUAAAAAUGUUCUGAACAAAACAGAAAACCAACCAAAAGUAAUUCCAUGGUAUAAAUUUAAUCAUAAUACCUCAAAACCUGCAAGAUUGAUACAGAACAAACUUAAAAAAAAAAACUGAAACUAACUGACUCAGUGCCAUUUACCAACCCAUGCCGCUAAAAUCUUGAUACACAUUUCAUUCCAAAUACUUUUUAUGGUUCUCUUUUAGCUUUGAAUACAAGAUAAUACAAAUAUUUCUCCAAGAACCUUGUGCUAGCGAUAAAUCAGCCUUAAAACACAAAAGUAUCUAUUAAAAUAUUUUUUUUUUAUUGCUUAAAUUUGUAAAAAAAAGAUCUUACAUCAUCAUUCAAAAAACCUUGUUUAAA